AUGAAAAUUAUGCUCUGGCCCCAACCAUGGGCAUGACCAUGCCCAUGAUGGGACCCGUCAAUUUCAUGACCGAAGAGCAGGAGCACCAGCUGGAGCUGGAGCAGGAGCUGCAGCUGAAGCACAAGUUCAGCGUGGUGCGCAACCUGCUGGACGAGGAUUUGCUGCUGAAGCAUCCGCUGGAGCAUAUCUGGACGGUGUGGCACUGGGAGAAUGAUCGCACCAAGGCCUGGAGCGAUAUGCUCAACGAAGUGACAAGCUUCAACACAGUUGAGGAUUUCUUUAGUGUGUAUUAUUUUAUCAAGCCACCAUCGGAUCUGCGCGUCUUCAACGAUUAUAUGGUGUUCAAGCAGGGAGUGCGUCCCAUGUGGGAGGAUGAUGUUAACAAAAAUGGCGGUCGCUGGAUUAUGAUGCUGGACAAGAGCAUGAAGGCCAUGAGUGACAAGUUGUGGCAUGAUUUGAUUUUACUAUGCAUUGGCGAAUGCUUUCUACAUUCCGAAGAGAUCAGCGGCAUUGUCAUCAAUGUGCGCAACAAAGCCAACAAGUUGUCUCUUUGGACCAAGAACGCCAACAAUGCUGCGGCUGUGAUGUCGCUGGGCAUACAGCUGAAGAGCAUGCUGGGCCUGAACACCGUGGAGAUACAGUAUCAGCUGCACAAGGAUGCCAUGGUGCAGAAUGGACCCAAUGUCAAUGCCAUCUACAAAUUGUAAAUGGCUGCCACGCAAACACACAACUACCAAAUAAUCCA